AUGACCACCAUGAAAGGAAGCUGCCUCGUUGCACUGCUUUUGGCAGGACUUGGGGCUUUAGGAAUACUGGAGCCAACAAUAACAGAAGAUACCCACUGCCACAGAGCUGAGCACCCGGUUAUUGCAUACAAAGAAAUUGCCCCUUGGUUACAUGUGUUCAGAGCAGAAGAUGCUGUGGACUUCUCACAGUUAACAUUUGACCCAGGACAAAAAGAGCUUAUUGCUGGAGCAAGAAACUACCUCUUCAGGUUGCAGCUUGAGGAUCUCUCUCUAAUACAGGCAGUGGAAUGGCAAUGUGAUGAAGCUACUAAAAGAGCCUGUUACAGUAAAGGCAAAUCAAAGGAGGAAUGCCAGAACUACAUUCGAGUGCUUCUUGUUGGAGGGAACCAUCUCUUUACCUGUGGAACCAACGCGUUCACUCCUAUCUGCACCAAUCGGACGUUAAGUAACUUGACAGAGAUACACGAUCAAAUCAGUGGCAUGGCUCGUUGUCCUUACAGUCCUCAGCACAACUCUACUGCUCUUCUCACUUCCAGUGGGGAAUUAUAUGCUGCUACAGCCAUGGAUUUUCCAGGAAGGGAUCCUGCUAUUUAUCGCAGUUUGGGGGCCCUUCCUCCUCUCCGCACUGCCCAGUACAACUCCAAGUGGCUGAAUGAGCCAAACUUUGUGUCAUCUUAUGACAUUGGGAACUUCACCUACUUCUUCUUCCGGGAGAAUGCGGUGGAACACGACUGUGGGAAAACCGUCUUCUCUCGUGCUGCUCGGGUGUGCAAAAACGACAUUGGUGGCAAGUUCGUGCUGGAGGAUACCUGGACUACCUUCAUGAAAGCUCGGCUGAACUGCUCUCGCCCUGGAGAAAUUCCAUUUUACUAUAAUGAACUACAGAGCACUUUCUUCCUGCCAGAAUUGGACUUGAUCUAUGGGAUUUUUACCACUAAUGUGAACAGCAUAGCAGCCUCAGCAGUUUGUGUUUUCAACCUGAGUGCCAUAACUCAGGCCUUUAAUGGACCCUUCAAAUACCAGGAAAACUCUCGCUCUGCUUGGCUUCCAUAUCCCAAUCCUAACCCUAAUUUUCAGUGUGGCACCAUGGACCAGGGUUUGUAUGUAAAUCUGACUGAGAGAAAUCUUCAAGAUGCUCAAAAAUUCUUCUUAAUGCAUGAGGUCGUUCAACCAGUUAUUCCAAUUCCUUACUUCAUGGAAGACAACAGCCGAUUUUCCCAUGUGGUUGUGGAUGUUGUGCAGGGCAAGGACAUGCUUUUCCAUAUCAUCUAUCUUGCCACAGCCUAUGGCACUAUUAAGAAAGUACUUGCCCCGAUGAACCAGACUUCAAGCAGCUGCCUGCUCGAGGAAAUCGAACUCCUGCCAAAAAGUCAGCGAGAGCCCAUCAGGAGCCUUCAGAUCCUGCACAGCCAGAGCGUCCUUUUCGUGGGCCUUCAGGAGCACGUGAUUAAGGUCCCCCUGAAGAGAUGUCUCUUUUACAAAACGUACAGUGCAUGCAUUGGAUCCCAAGACCCUUAUUGUGGCUGGGACAUGGUGAUGAAGAAAUGCACAACGCUGGAAGAAAGUCUGAGCAUGAGUCAGUGGGAGCAAAGCAUUACUGUGUGUCCUAUGAGGAAUCUGACAGUGGAUGGGCAUUUUGGAACGUGGUCGCAGUGGAAACCUUGCACCCACACUGACGGUGCCAGCGCUGGCUCCUGCCUCUGCAGGACCCGGGUGUGUGACAGUCCUGCUCCGCAGUGCGGAGGCUGGCUGUGUGAAGGACCAACCAUGGAGAUCGCCAACUGUUCCAGAAAUGGAGGCUGGACACCAUGGACUUCUUGGUCACCCUGUAGUACCACUUGUGGAAUAGGCUUUCAAGUUCGUCAGCGUUCCUGCAGCAAUCCAACCCCUCGACACGGAGGACGCGUCUGUGUGGGACAGAAUCGGGAGGAGAGGUACUGCAAUGAGCAUCUGCUGUGCCCCCCUCACGUGUUUUGGACAGGCUGGGGUCCCUGGGAGCGCUGCACUGCUCAGUGCGGAGGAGGGAUCCAGGCACGGCGUAGGACGUGUGAAAAUGGUCCCGACUGCCCUGGCUGCAGCGUGGAAUAUCAGCCUUGUAACACCAACACGUGUCCAGAGUUAAAAAAGACAACCCCUUGGACACCUUGGACCCCAGUCAAUAUUUCAGACAACGGUGGCCACUAUGAACAACGUUUCCGAUACACCUGCAAAGCGCGGCUGCCUGACCCAAAUUUGCUAGAGGUGGGAAGGCAAAGGAUUGAAAUGCGUUACUGUUCCAGCGACGGCACCAGUGGGUGCUCGACAGAUGGGUUGUCCGGGGAUUUCUUGCGUUCUGGACGAUACUCUGCUCAUACCAUCAACGGUGCCUGGUCACCCUGGUCUCCGUGGUCUCAGUGCAGUCGUGACUGCAGCAGAGGAAUACGGAAUCGCAAACGGGUCUGCAGCAAUCCCGAGCCCAAGUACGGGGGACUGCCUUGCCUUGGCCCAUCUCUAGAGUACCAGGAAUGCAACAUUUUGCCUUGUCCAGUGGACGGAGGCUGGUCUUGUUGGUCAUCUUGGUCAAAGUGCUCGGCCACUUGUGGAGGAGGGCAUUACAUGAGAACCCGCUCCUGCACAAACCCAGCACCAGCCUACGGAGGAGAUAUCUGCCUCGGACUGCACACUGAAGAAGCGCUCUGCAACACACAGCCCUGUCCAGACAGCUGGUCCGAGUGGUCCGAGUGGUCCGACUGCGACUCCUCCGGCUUCCAGUUCCGCGUCCGUCAGUGCAUCAUUUUGUUCCCCGUGGGCAGCCAGUGCACGGGCAACACCACAGAGAGCCGAGCCUGUGCUUUGGACUCCAACUUUAUACCAGAAAUAUCAGUGGCACGAUCCAGCAGCAUAGAAGAAAAACGAUGUGGCGAGUUCAACAUGUUUCACAUGAUCGCAGUGGGAUUAAGUAGCUCAAUACUUGGUUGCCUUCUUACCCUGCUUGUUUACACUUACUGCCAACGAUAUCAACAACAGUCCCAUGACGCAACUGUCAUCCAUCCGGUGUCACCAGCUCCUCUAAAUACCAGCAUUACCAACCAUAUCAACAAACUGGACAAAUAUGAUUCUGUAGAAGCCAUCAAGGCAUUUAACAAAAACAACCUGAUUCUGGAGGAGAGAAACAAAUACUUCAAUCCGCAUCUUACUGCAAAGACUUAUUCUAAUACCUAUUUUACAGAUUUCAAUAAUUAUGAUGAGUACUAA